CUUUGCUGGGCAAAGCUUUAUUAUGGAACCGGAGUUGGUUUCUACAGAAGAAGUGGUGAAUGCAUUGCUGGAAUACUUAGUUGGUCCUCGGUUGCCUUUGAAAUCGUCUGCCUUUAAGGAACCUCCCACUCUUUCUCAGCAGCAGUCUGUAGCCAAACAGUUGCAUGCUGUUGUGUUACUUUACAACUACUACCAGAGGAAGGAAGAUCCGCAGGCACAAUAUUUAGAAUUUGAAUCAUUUUGCAAGUUGGCCAUGACUCUGAAACCGGCUUUGAUGUCAUAUAUGAAGUUCAUGAACCAAUCAGAUCUAACUUCCUCCAAGGACAUGAACAAUGAUCUCUCGGUGACUGAAAAAGCAAUCCAAGAUGCGUGCAACAUAUCUUGCGCUUUGGAUGCCUCAAAAGAUGUUCCAGCUAUCAACAAAUGGCUAAUUUCCAAAGUUUCUGUCUUAUUACUAGACUCUAAGAAAGAAACUUGUUUUCUGAAUUAUUGUUCUGUUACUGAAGGGGUCUGGUCUCUCAUAGAAAAAUGUCUUGAGCUUCCCACUGCUGAAAUAGAAGGUACGGUGGAGAGAAGAAAGAGGCAAACCAGUAUGAGACCAGUGACAGUAGAUCAAAAAGAUGAUGACUCUGGCUUUCAGCAACUUGCAUUUUUGGCUGUCAAGGAUGCAACUGGUAUUUCUAAGACUGACCUUGUGACUUUGGAGAAGCAUGUGGUAUAUUCACUCACAAAAGAAAAGACAGCGUCUUGCUUUUACAUUAUGCAAAGUACCCGAUCAAUCAAUCAAGACAUUCUAAUUUCUGUUAAGGAGAUUAUUGAGAGCUUACAGGGUCCAUUGGUGAAAAGGAGUUCUGGUAGUUGGUCUGCUACAGAAGUAGUUGAGUACUUUCAUCUGCUUCCCUAUGCCAAUAUCAUAGCAACCUUUUUCCUGAGGGAGGUUUUUGGUUUGGAGGGCUCAAAUACCAGAAGCCAUGAGGAUAUAACAGGCAAUUGUAAAAAAGAAAUUUCUGAGAGCAGAAUCUCAUUGGUUGAUCAAAACUCGGGCAAUGUAAGCAUCAUGACUGCUAUAGGUUCAGAAAGUGCUUGCAGUAAUGUGGCCAAUGAUGUGUAUGACAGAAAGGUCAACCCUGCAGACGCUUUUGGUGCAGAAGUUGUUGCCGACAGUGGGUGUGAAAGGAAAACAGGGGACCAGAAAGAUUUUGGGAAGGAAAAUGGUCUGCAUCAUCACCACGAAACAGUGAGGACCCAUGGGAGAUUUAGUGGUAAAGCCAAAAAGACAAGUGCUAGUAAUGGAAACCAGGGCGUUGAGGAGAAGGUUAAAAAGAUUGAAGGAAAGACGCCUGAUGAAAGUUAUGAAGCUUUAAUUGGAACCAAGUCAGAUAGUAUAAACCUUGAAAUUUCAGAGGCAAAACACGGUGAUGGUUGCCAUGAAAAAGUUGGCCAUUCUACUGUUGGUCAAGAAGCAACUGCGGUAGGUGGCCCCGAUAAUAUAUGGAAAAGUGAAGAAGCAGGAAGCGAUGGUUCAAUUAAAAAUACAGGAAUUGUAGAUCUCAGUGGUAAUAAGCUAACUAAUGUCAACUUGAAAUGUUUAAAUGAUACAAGUAACAAGGUACAACAUGAAAAUAGCAGAGACUAUGAGGAUUCAACUGUAAAAGAACUGCAUGCUAUCAUCAAUCACCCAAGGACACCAGAAGAGAAAACUGAGGAGCUGGUGAAGUCCACCAAAGGCUGUGAAAUCAAUGAUUAUAAUGAUAUGGAGUUAGCUGGUGCUCAUCUUGAAACUUUGGAGGUGAAAACUAAUGAUGGUCAUCACUUUUCUAGUUCUCCUACUAGGCCUCAGAGGAUGGAAAUUGAUGCAUGUAUUCCCUUCUCCAAAAAUGGAAAUAACAGCAAGGAUUGUGAGCUCAUCAAAAAAGUUUAUCAUCAGCAGAAAAAGAGGACGAGGGAGAGUGGUGGAGAAAUCAUUGGAAGUGGUAUAAUUGGCAAGGCAGAAAGAGCUGAUGAGGUGAAGGCUGAUAAAGACAACCUUUCCACUAUCUCACCCAAUCGAAAUGGGAUUUCUGUGGCACAUACUCGACUUGUUCCUUGCAAGCAUGAAUCUACAGAUAUAGGCGAUUUACAAACUGUUUUGGCUUCAAAAGAGGAGGCUUUGACAAAAAGUUCGCUUGAAGUUCUUCUUCAAAAACGACAGAAACUGUAUGAUCAACAGCUUAAACUUGGAGAUGAAAUUGCUUCAUGUGAUAAAAGUAUUGAGAGAAUCUUAGAUGGUGGCAAAGAUAGUUUGGCUCUAAAAAUAGAUACGGUACUGGCCUUCUGUGAUGAAAUGUGCUUGAAGGAUAGAGCUUCUAUCCAAGAAGACAGCAAUCAACAUCACGAAGAGUUUGGCUUGAUUCAACCAAUGAGCGGAAGGAAAUUGUCCAAAGCUGUACACACUCCAUGAUGUGCAUGUCAGGCAUGUUUUGGCAUCAGAACUUACUUAAAUUUUAUG